CAUUAGAGUAAGCAACACGUAUCUCAAAGCAAGCGUCUUUCUUUGACUACACACAAUUGUACGCAAAUAAAUUGGAAUUUUGGAUCAAAAUGAAUCCGUAUCGAAGCAAAGGAACUUUGGAUGGAAAGUUCAAAAACCACAAAUGCAAGCGAAAGCCAAAGAAACAACAAAUUGAAAUCAAACGAGAAAUAAAAGAAGAACCAAGUGACGGUGCUUAUUUGAUUCCGGACACUUCGUCAUCGCCCCAAAUCACAACGAAUGUAGUCAUCAAGUCAGAGAGCGAAAGCGACAGUGAGAUCGAUUCGGAAAACAAGCCGAAUUAUUUUAAGAAAGAGAUCAAGGACGAAGUCGAGUGUUUGAAGAAAGAAUGCGACACAGCGAAGGAUGGAAAUGGAAUGAAAAACGAUGAUCAGAUUGGUGAAAGUUCAAGUGCUUCAAAACGAAUUCCAAAUAAAAAACAUCAAAAUGAAGGUCGUGCAAAACAGAAGAAAUCAAAGGGUGCAAAAAUGGCCAAACAUUCAAAGAAGCCGACUGAUUCAAAGCAUCAAAAGAAACACAAAUGCACUUUUUGUAAUUAUGUAACAUCGAACAAAGGACAUCUCACAGUGCAUAUUCGUACCCACACCGACGAAAAGCCGUUCGCAUGUGAAAUAUGUGCCAAGGCUUUUGCACAAAAGUCAAAUUUGAAGUCUCAUAAGAAAACUCAUGCGACUGAAUUUCCAUUUUCCUGUUCAAAGUGUCGCCAGGGUUUUGCACAUGAAAUUGAUAAAAUCAACCACGAAAGCGAAUGCAAACAUCGUCAAUACCAGUGUCAUAUAUGCAAGAACACCACUCAUCAUUUGACAGAUCUCAAACGACACAUUCGAAUCCACAGUGGUGAGAGACCAUUCAGAUGCCGUAUUUGUGCCAAAACAUUUACACACAAAUCUCAUUUCACCGCCCAUUCACGCACUCACAUCAAACAACUUCCAUUUAAUUGCGCACAAUGUGGUCGAAGAUUCGCCGAUGAAAACGAGAAACAAUCGCAUGAGGAUCAUUGCAAACAUCGACGAUAUGAUUGUUAUCUUUGCCCAUACAAAUGUUUUUACAAAACCAAUUUGAAGCGGCACAUGCAAGUGCAUCACACUGGCGAGAAACAAUUCAAAUGUGGUGUUUGCGGAAAGAAAUUCAUUCGGAAAUGCCAUCUCAAAGGACAUUUGGCCACACAUUCCAAACAACAACCACCCCGUUGCUCCGAAUGCUUUAAACCAUUCACAAAAGAAACCGAUAAGAAUGCACAUGAAGGACGUUGCAAACGACGCCUUCAUCAGUGUUAUUUGUGCAAAGUUUUAAAGCGCCAAUCACAAGAUUUAAAACGCCAUAUGCGAAACUAUCACACAGGUGAAUAGCCUUUUCCAUGCGCCAUAUGUGAUGCUCAUUUUUCAAUGCUUGGUGAUGCCAAAAAGCACAUGAAAAAUUUGCACGGUUUGAAGAAAUGAUUGCGACUCUAUUCAACUUUGAUCAUUUUAUUUAUUCGAAUCCGCAACCAAUUCCACUUCAGCGGUAAAAUGAGCAUUAAA